AUGUCGUACACCGACGAAGCUCUCAAGGCCAAGCUCUCGACCCUCAACGAGACGCAAGAUAGUAUCGUCUCGGUUUCACAAUGGAUCAUGUUCCAUAAGAGACAUGCGGAUCGCAUCGCAAACUACUGGCUCACCCGUCUCCGCGAUUCACCGCCAGCAAAACGCCUUAACUUCAUCUACUUGGUGAACGACAUCGUCCAAAAUGCCCGAGCACGGAAGCGCACCGAAUUCCCGGACGCGUUUUCUCCCUUGAUGGCCGAGGCCAUCCAGACCGCCUAUCGCUCCUCGCCACCCGAGAUCCAAAGCAAAAUCCGGCGAGUUGUCGAUGUAUGGCGAACGCGGAAUGUUUUUGAGGUUCCGAUCUUGGAUGCCAUCGAUGCGCGAAUUGACGAGAUCGACAAGUCGAAGGGAUCGGGAGGGAAGAAGACCCUCAUGGGAAACUCACUGUUCGGUUCCUCUUCAUCCUCAGGCGCAAUGCCAAAGGAACUGGAGACCCUAGCGCCGUUACAGAUCGCCGUGACCAAGGAAACCAUUUCCGCUAGACCUGCCAUCGACAACGCACAGAACGAGUACGCCAAACUCAACGAUCCGGAAGCGGUGUUGCCUAGUCCGCCCGUCCACGCCGCGCGACUGUCGAGCCUGAUCAAAUCCCUUGCUGCGGCUGAAUCGUCCGUGUCAGCCAGUAUCAAGGCUAGAAAGGCUCUAAUUGCGGAUCUUGAGCGGAUCUUGGAGAUUAACAAGACAGCGCUGGCGAAGGAGGAAGAGACGUACUUGACGCUGGAGAGUCGGAGGGCUAGCACCGAAGCAAAGAAGCGAGAGGUCGAAGAUGCCAUUAUUCGUGGUCUGUCGUCCGCUGAGACAGCUUCCUCAUCCGAACAUUCCGGUGUCACUAACCCCGGAGGUGUUUCGAGCGGCGGCGACAUCCUAGGCAACGACAUCGGCGCAAACAACGUCAGUAGUGAAACAUCAGCUAGCCAUUUCCUCGCCGAACGUCCUGAGAUCGAAGAACUUACCGAUGACGAGGGCGACUUUGUGACCGGAGGCAUGUUCGAUCAACCCCAAUCCAACAACGCACAGUGGGAUCAAUCAGCUCCCGCCCCCGUUGCCACUGCAUCCCCGGGCCUGGCGAGCUUUCGACCUAACAACCCCGCUGUCGCAGCAGCCCUGGCAGACUUCUCUAGCAUUGGUGCAACACCAACACCAGACUAUACGGCAUUUCUACCCAGCAGCACCUCCAGCGCGGGUGGCCAUACAAACGCACCUGCAAUGCCUCGUGUCCGCUCUGCGAGUGGAGGACAAGGUGUCAAUGGUUUCGGCGCCAAGAGACGGAAGAUAUCUCACGGUGAAGACGAGCAGGUUCCUGAUCUAGGCGAGAUGGGCAUGGAAGGGUUCGGCCAAGCACAGAGCCAAAGUCGAGAUCAAGGUCGAGAUCAAGGCCCCGGAGUGGUGGGAGGACACGAGGCAAAUCUUCGGGGCGACGACCUCUUGAAGAAUCUAGACGAGGACGUGGAUGAACUGUUGCGGCAGGAGGCUGCUAGAGGCAGUGAAAACGAAGUGCCAGGGAUCUAG